AUGGCGACACAAACUAUCGCCAAGUCUCAGCAAAGCCCUGAAGCUGAUCUUGGUACUCAAUGGCCUGACAUUCGACAACGAGCACGCUCAGCUACGUCUGACAAGCAGAGCACGACUUCAGACAUAACAGCAAGAGACGACACCAACGACGACGACACCAACGGCUCACCAACGUCGACCAAUGAGCAAGAAAAAGCACUGCUACGAAAACUCGAUUGGCGUAUUGUGCCUUGGAUCUUUAUUCUUUAUUUCUUGAGUGUGGAGGAUCGAGCCAAUGUCGGUUACGCUAUGACCAUGAACAAACAAGAGGGCCAUGAUCUCGCCACCACAGCAGGGCUUACUGGUCAGGAAAACAAUAUCGGUCUUGGUUUGUUCUAUGUUGCAUACAUUGUGUUCGAGGUCCCAUCCAACUUGAUCAUGGCACGUGUCAACCCGGCUUAUUGGAUCGCUCGGAUCAUGAUUACAUGGAGCAUCGUUACCGGUUGCAUGGCAACCAUCUCACAAGCAUGGCAUUUUUAUUUGUUGCGGUUUUUGCUGGGAGUGUUUGAAGCCGGCUUUUGGCCAGGAAUCACUUACUAUACCACUCUAUGGUAUCGACCCAAUGAAAUAUCAUCAAGAAUCGGUGUCACCUACUUGGCUGGUCCUGCAUCAGGUGCAUUUGGUGGUUUGAUAUCUGCUGCUGUACAACUCAUUGAUACCCGAGGAAAUCUAUAUGGAUGGCAAUGGCUUUUCCUCAUCUCCGGUGUGAUUUCAGUCAUCUUUGGCGUGGCCACCAUCUUUUAUUUACCAUCCAAGCCUGAGACGAGCAAGCACUUUUUGACCGAAGAUGAACGUCUCUUGAUCCGUGAACGACUUGCAUUAACAGAAGAAGAAGCAGCCAUCGAAGACAGCAACGAAGAUGAAAAGAAAAGGAAUAUCUUCUCAAGUGGUGACCUAGCUGAAGUGAAACGCCAAUUGAUGGAUUACAAGGUGUGGCUAUUUUGUGUGCUUUACUUUACACCGGUGAUGGCAGCUACCUCUCUCGGCUACUUUAUUCCCAAGAUUGUGCAAGAGAUUGGUUCAUACACCUCGAUCGAAGUCAGCUUGAUGAGUAUUCCACCCUAUGUAUUUGGCGGUAUCAUGGUGUACGUGCUCACUCGGUGCAGCGAUCAUUUUCAUGAUCGUGGAUGGUUCAUCAUUGGAUGCUCAACAGCAGCCUUUGUGGGAUUUUGUAUUCUCAGCUUUGCUGGUCCUCUUGGUGCUCGUUAUUUUGGAUUGAUGGUGGUUGCUGGUGGUACUUACCCCACUGUUCCUCUGAGCAUGGCAUGGACGGCCAAUUCAAAGGAAGACGGUGUAGCGGUGGCAUCCGCAACGGGUAUCGUUUCUUCAGUCGCCAACUUUGGAGCCUUGAUUUGUACUUUUGCACUCUACUCGGGAUGGCCAUCAGACGCUCCUCGCUAUGUAGGCUCAAACAUGAUCAACGGUGGUGCAAUGCUGCUGGCAGCAUUAUCAGCAGUCAUCCUCAAAUUGAAUCUGCAUAAACUCAACAAGCAAAUGGAGGAACAUGAAGAGAACUCUGGAAAGCGUAAAUACCUCUUGUAA